CAACCAUGAAAUUCCUAACCGUAUUUGCUGCCAUUCUGGCGGUAGCCCUGGGCGGCCGGGCCCAAUGGAACCUUAACCAACUCUCCGAAGCCUUGGAAAGUCCCCACACUAAUCCCUCAUUGGUGCCUAUCCUGGAACAAGCAUUGAAUGCUUACAUGGCAGCUAUGUUCGCCGGGGAGAACCAUCAAUCCAUCAGCAUCAUGACCGCUCCUGUUGACCUUUCCACCUGGACGCUGAGCGAACUCUCCGAAGCCGUGGAGAACCCCAACACCAACCCAGCCAUCCUGCCGCAUUUGGAGAAUGCCCUGAACUCCUUGAUGAGCGCCAUCUUCGCUGGAGAAGCUCAACCUACUACAGCGCAAGUGGCCGUUGUCAUCCCCGCUUUGGAGAUCAGCUACUGGACCCUCGCGGACUUGGACCAAGCCCUGUCGAACCCUGCCACCAACCCAGCCUUGAUUCCUUACUUGGAGCAGUCUUUGAACCAUAUUAUGGAGAAUUUAUUCAGUGGUGUUCAACAGACCUUCAUUGUCCUCGCCACUCCCCUAGGAUUUACUGCUGUGACCCCCGAAGCUGUGGUGGCUCCAGAAGUAGUCAUUGACCCCGUACAAGUGGUGGAAGAAGUCCUGGACGCGCCUGUGCAGCCGGUAGUUGUGGCCAACCCGUCUGUUGUAUCUGGAAGUCCUCUUGUUCAGAUCAUCCUGAAUAUUAAACAGCAGUCUGCUGCCCCAGAAGUCGUCGCGCCCGCUCCCGUCGUCCUCCCGGACAACACUGAAGCUUACCCCAACCCCCGCCCCCCCGCGCCCGUCAACCCCAGGCCGCCAGCCCCCGUCAUCGUCCCCCCCACUCCUCUCCCCACUCCAGAAGUUCAGCCCGAACCAGUCAUCGUGGUCCCCGACUACAACCCGAUUGACGUCAUCGCUAUUAACCCAGAGACCCUCAACCCUAUCGAAGCUGUAGCCAUUUCGCCCCCAGAAGUGAACCCGGUUGAUUUGCUGAACCCAGUAAUUGUGCCUGGAGUCGUGAUUGGCGGAGAUAUUGGACCUAUGUUUAAAUUAAUUACAACUUAUUUUUUUCUUAUAGCAACCAUGAAAUUCCUGGCAGUAUUCUUAUCGGUCCUGGCCGUGACCCUGGGCAGCCAGGCGCCAGUGAAGCCAGCAGUCGUGGCUAAACCUGCUGCGGCUUCUGAAAGCCCACUGGUCCAGAUCAUCCUGAACAUCAACCAAGAGUCUGCCGCUGCCCCCGAAGUCGUUGCGCCCGCUCCCGUCAUCCUACCAGACAACACUGAGGUCUACCCCAACCCCCGCCCCCCCGCGCCCGUCAACCCAAGGCCACCAGCACCAACUCCCGAGGUGCAACCAGAGCCAGUCAUCGUAGUCCCCAGCCCCGAAGUACAACCCGAGCCCGUCAUUGUUGUUCCCUCUCCAGAAAUUCAGCCCGAACCGGUCAUCGUGGUCCCCGACUACAACCCCAUUGACGUCAUCGCUAUUAACCCAGAGACCAUCAACCCUAUCGAAGCUGUAGCCAUUUCGCCCCCAGAAGUGAACCCAGUUGAUUUGCUGAACCCAGUAAUUGUGCCUGGAGUCGUGAUUGGCGGAGAUAUUGGACCUAUGUAAAUUGAAAUUCUGACUUUGUAACCAUUUCAUCGAUUUUAUUUAUUAUUAAUAAAAAUAUAGUGUUGUA